AUGGCACCUCAGCGGCAACAGCAGCAGCACAAGGCCGCCGUGGUCGCGCUCUUCCUGCUGUCCGCCCUCGUGGCUGCGCCCGCCGUUGCUGCUUCCAGGCCCGAAUCCGGCGGCUACGCACCCGCCACGCCCUCCGAGGCCGCGACGCCGGCCGAGCCCUCCUCAGCUAGCACGCCCGCCGAGGCGGCGACGCCCGCCAAGAAGGCGGGAGGCUACACUGACUCUACGCCGGCCGACUCCUCAGCCAGCGCGCCCGCCGAGGCGGGGACGCCGACCGAGGCCGCCGCCAGCGCGCCCGCCGAGGCGGGGACGCCGACCGAGGCCGCCGCCAGCACUCCCGCUGAGGGGGGAACGCCCGACAAGGCCGCGGCGGGCUACACUGACACUACGCCGGCCGAGCAGCCCGCCGCUGAUGGCACUAAGGUCAAGGUGCCGCCCGGGGAGGGGAAGGCGACGACGCCCGAGCAGAAGUUCAUCGAGAAGGUGAACCAAGCGUUCAAGAAGGCUCUGGACGCGGCCAACGCGGCGGCGCCCGACGACAAGUUUUCGGUGUUCGACGCCGCCUUCAACAGGGAGAUCAAGCAGUGCCUCGCCGGCAUGAGUGCCAAAUUCAUCUCCAUGAUCGACCGCGCCUUCAAGAUAGCGUACAACUCCGCCGUCGCCGCCACCAACGCACAGGAAAAGUUCUCCUGCUUGGUGCUCACCCUCACGGAGGCCCUCCGCUUCAUUGCCGCCACCCUGGACGCCCAUGCCAUCAAGCCAGCCAUCGAGGAGGUGGUUGCCGGAGGCAUGAAGGCCGCGGCCGGCGCGACGCAGGUCAUCAAGAAGCUCGACACGGUCAUCAAGGUAGCCUCCGCUGCUGCCAAAGAAGCUCCGAAAGCCGACAGGAUCCUCGUGUUCCAAGCCGCCCUCAACAAGGCCAUCAAGGAGCAGAUGGGCCCCGGCUACGACGGGAGCAAGACGACCUCCGAUCUCGACGCGGCGUUCAAAAAGGCCGUCGAAUCCGCCACCACCUCCAAGCCGGAGGCUAAGGAGACCGACGUGGCGGACGCCUUGGCGAAGUCCAUCACCACCAUUGCCAAUGCCACCAAGGAUGGCGCCGAAACUGCUGCCGCGCCCGCCGCAGAAGCCGGUACCAAGACUGCAGCUGCCGACGCCGGCUACAAGGCCGCCGACAAAUCCGCUGCCGAGCCCGCUGCCGCGCCAGCUGCCGAAGCCGCCGACAAAUCCGCUGCCGAGCCAGCUGCCGAAGCCGCAACCGCGCCCGCUGCCGAAGCCGCUACCAAGCCCGCGGCUGAUGAAUCCGGUUACAAGGCCAAGGCCGAAGCCGCUCCCGAGCCCGCAGCAGAAUCCGCUACCAAGUCCGCAGCCGAUGCCCCUGCCGAGCCCGCUGCGGAAGCGGCUGCCAAGCCCACAGAUGGCAAAUCCGGCUACAAGGCCGCCGCCGAUGCCGCGACCAAACCUGCUGCCGCAGGCGGCUACAAUCUGUGA